AUGAAGUCCUUUGCUCUUCCGAUCUUUCGCCUCGGCGUGGCCUUACUCGCCACCAGUCUCGUUGGUGUGCAAGCAUUCAUCGAUCCCGGGUAUCAUCUGCUUUACCGUCGCGAAUAUUGCCUCGAUGAUGGUAUAAUCAACUGGCAGUCUUUGUUCCAUGUAGGAGUCAUCGAUCGUCCCGUCCAAUGGUCGUUCAACGAAUUGGCAAGCCGAUGGGCGAAGCAAUGCGAGGACACGUGUAAGAAAGCUAAGUCCGACGAAUACACUUCAGACAUUGGCCGUUUCCCCGGCGACCCCACCCUCUACAUUUACUGUUAUGACCGAGCUGCUGUCAGCAAAGUCACGGAAGCAGCCAAAGGUCUCAAUCAGCAAAUUCGAGACAGUGGCAUACUGGGCGCGUUCAGCACUGCGUAUGUCAGCUGA